CUCAACCUCACUCCAGUUCCGUUCCCUGGUUUACACUGCGAAUCGUUCCCAACAUUCCAUUAUCAGUACCACCAGGCGCUUGUCAAACACUACAAUGGAUCAGACACAACCAGAAGACGGCAAGGGCCACAAACGGACCCGGUCGGCCGUCAAAGCCACCCGCCCUCGCUCCUCCACCAAAGGUCCGCUCGACGCCGCCGACCCGCUAGCCCCACCACCAGCAACCUCCCAACCAUCAACCACCAUCCCACCACCAUCAUCAUCAUCAACAACCACCCCAACCCCAGCACCCAUCCCCCCAUCCCCCAACCCACAGCUCAUCCCCCAGCAAACCCCCAGAAUGCACCCCUCUCACACCCCCCGCGCUACUUCCCCCCUCCCCCGUUCCCCAGCACUUUCCCCGACACCAGGAACCCCCCGCCGGCCACCCCCAGGCAGCACCGCCCCCCUCCGACCAAAAGACUUCUCCUUCCUCCUCCGCCCCGAAAUCUUCCACCCCCUCACCCCACUCAACAUCCCCCCCGCCUUCCGCAACUCAACCAAGCAACCGCCGCCCGAAACCCCCCUUCCCGAACUCUUGGAAAAGGGCCACUUCCGCGCGGCCGCCAUAUCAGCCGUGCAAACCCUCACCGGAACAGGCCGCACCCCCCAGCAGCCGGACCCGUCGGACCACGUCAGGAUUUUUGACUUGUUGUACACCCGGUGGGCCUGCCUGACCUUGAUCAACUCGACCGACUUGGCGGCGCAGGAAGUGAAAGCGUUGGGUGAUCUGAACAGCGCGUUUUAUCUCUCUGAGGAUCCCACCUCGGGAAAGACACAUCAUCUUGUUCCGUGGGGGUUGAGGGUGUUGAAUGUACGACUGCAGGCGAUUGGGUUUGGGGAUUUGAGGCGGGCGGUGAUGAGUUAUUAUGAGCUGGCGAGGGAGGCGAGGGUGAAGUUGGGUGAGGCGAUGGGGGCGCAUGAUAACUCUUCGCGGGAGCUGUGGAGGGAGAGGUUGGAGGAUUUGGGGGUGAGGGUUGCGGGGGCGUUGGUGGAGAUGGGGGAUGUGAAGGGGGCGGGGGAGCACUUGAGGGGGUUGAAGGUUGGGGAUGGGGGGAAGAUGGAGAUGAUGAGGGCGUUGCUUUGGUUGAGGUUGGGGGAUGUGGAUGCCGCGAGGGGGUGUGUGAUGAAUGGGGAGGGGAGGGGGGUCACGAGGGGGGAGAAGGUGGUUUUGGCCUUGUGUGAUAUGGCGGAUGGGGAGUAUGAGGAGGCGGUGGCGAAGUGGAGGGAGUUGGAGGAGGAGGAAGAGGGGGAUGAGAUGGUGAUGGUGAAUUUGGCCGUUUGUUUGCUUUAUGUGGGGAGGAUGCAGGAGGGACGAGCAUUGUUGGAGGGAAUGGUGGAUGCUGGUCGGUCGUCGCAUACUUUGUUGUUUAAUUUGACGACGAUGUAUGAGUUGUGCACGGAGAGGGCGCGCAGCUUGAAGGUCAGAUUGUCGGAAAAGGUGGCGGCAAUGGAAGAGACGAAUGAUGGAUGGGAGAAGACAAAUGCCGAUUUCAAGUUGUGAGCCUGGGCAUUAAAGUUUGGAUAGAAGAGCUGGGAUGAAGUAGCAAGCAAGCAGCUGGUCAACCAAGAACGGAAGUGUUGAGGCUGGAAUGACAAACACGAAGGCAACGCGGGAUGGGCGUGACAGGUGUUUGUUGUGCGCGGAUGCUCCAGAGAAGGCACGGGUAUAUAUACUCCACGUCCGACCUCAUCCUCCGUCGAUCCCACACUGGCAGUUGAACCAGAAGAACGCAGCUUGGAUGGCGCAACUGUCAGUGUGCAAGGGUGCCCUUUACCACCCUGCCAGAACUUGGUCUCGGCCAACACUGCGCAGGAGGUCAUCCGUUUGAUUCCCCCUGGUGGUAAAAUCUCGCACGGCAAGGUUUUCGUAGCUGGACCUCCAAGCCCUGUCUUGACGACGAUAACUUGGUGCCAUCUCUCCACCAGCUCCCGACCUUGGUGACUCCCUUGGGAGGGAGUUUGCGAGAUGGUAGCCCCAGUGGGAGGUGGUCUGGUGAGCUUUUUUGCUCUUUUACUUUUUUAUUUUUUAUUUUUUUAUUUUUUAUUAUUCGCGAUUCUUUUUCUUUUAAUGUGAAAGAAUUUUGGUUUGAUAAUUAAUUUUAUCAAUUUCUUCUGAAUGCCCAACCGUGCUAACCGACUCUAGAUUGUUACCCUUUCCCAUAAAACAAGUCGCUGUUUAUCCAAAAAAUUCAAGACCUAGCCCACCGGCGCUUACCCAACACAAAAGAGAACUUUUCUUUCAUCCAUCCAUCAUCACCUCCUCAAAACUGCCCACGGCUGUACGGCUCAUACGCCGUGUUCAAAUCCCUCGUCUGCCUGUUAUUCCCCCCCGCCCCCAUCGACACAAGCGGGACGUUACUACUCCCUUUCGUGUUAUUCCCAUCCCCCCUCCUCCCAGAAUACUCAUCCGGCGCCGCCCAGUCAUCCUCCAUCCUCCGUUCCACAUCCCUAUGCCCCAUCACCACCCCUUGCUGCUGCUGCUGCUGCUGCUGCUGUGGUUGUCGCUGUCCACCAUUAUUCUGCUUCUCGUAACCACCCACAAGCGGCACAUCCACCUCUCCCCCCUCAACACCCCUUUCACUACCCCCCCCCAUCUUCCACCCCUUCCCCUUCUGCCUCCUAUAAGCAAUCACAUACCCCCCACACGCCCCCCCAAACAACCCAGCCGCCACCAACCCCAACGCCACCGGCCAGCCCCCGUUCUUGGCCGCGAUCCCAAACCCGCCAAAGACAUCAUUGAUCGCGUCGGAAAGUCGCUUGUAAAUCACGGCGCCUGUUAUCGUCCCUGCGCCAAGGAACAGCAUCCCAAACCCGCAUGUUAUACUUGCCAGCAAAGGGGAGAAGUAGCUCUCCACCGGGGCGGAAAGAGCGCAGAUCACACCCACGAUGAAAGACCACUCGAUGAAGCGUGCCGAGCGGGUGUAGGAACGGAGGGAGUCCUUGAAGAGGAUGGAGUUGUGGGUGCGGGAGGGCUCGGAGAGUUUGAGGUCGCGUUCGGGGCGGAACCAGAAGUU